ACCAUGCAACUGGGAAAACCCAAUUGAUAGUCGACACACGGACUGCACCAGGGAACAUCAGUAACUUGAGGCCCCCUCCCAUCUGUAUGGACAGAGAUGGGAGAGUUAAUCCCAUCUAAACAAGGGGAGCAGCAAACGGCAGUGACAAAACUGGGAUCAUAUUUUUAAUCCAAGCAGCUGCAUCAACAAACGUGAGCUGAGGGACUUUUCACCCGCACACCCCCGGCCAGGAUGCCUCCCCGCCCGUCCUCGGGGGAGCUAUGGGGCCUACACUUGAUGCCCCCCCGCAUCCUGGUGGAUUGCUGCCUUCCCAAUGGGAUAAUCGUCACGCUGGAGUGCCUGCGAGAGGCCACGCUGACCAGCAUCAAGCACGAGCUGUUCCGGGAAUCCCGAAAGUACCCGCUCUUCCACCUCCUGCAGGAUGAGUCCUCCUACAUCUUUGUGGGGGUGACCCAGGAAGCGGAAAGGGAAGAGUUCUACGAUGAGACGCGGAGACUGUGUGACCUGAGGUUGUUCCAGCCGCUUCUGAAGGUGAUCGAACCAGUGGGCAACCGAGAGGAGAAAAUCCUGAACCGGGAGAUAGGGUUUGCGAUCGGAAUGCCGAUCUGUGAGUUCGAGCUGGUGAAGGAUCCAGAGGUCCAGGACUUUCGUCGCAACAUCCUGAGUGUCUGCAAAGAGGCGGUGGAGCUUCGGGAUGCCAGCGGUCCCCAGAGCCAGUCACUGUAUGUCUACCCUCCUAACGUAGAGUCUACAGCAGAUCUCCCCAAACACAUCUACAACAAACUGGAUAAAGGCCGCAUCAUCGUGACAAUCUGGGUGAUCGUGUCACCGACCAAUGACAAGCAGAAAUACACGCUGAAGAUCCCCCAUGAUUACAUGCCGGAGCAGGUGAUCGCUGAGGCCAUCCGCAAGAAGACCAGGAGCAUGCACCUCUCGCUGGAGCAACUGAAGCUGUGUGUGCAGGAGUACCAGGGCAAGUACAUUCUGAAAGUGUGCGGUUGUGAUGAGUACUUGCUGGAAAAGUACCCCAUCAGCCAGUACAAGUACAUAAGAAGCUGCAUUAUGAUUGGCCGGUUACCCCACCUGAUGCUGAUGUCCAAGGAGAGCCUGUAUAGCCAGUUACCAGCCAACACCUUUGUCAUGCCCUCGUAUGCGCGCCGUAUUUCUACCGCCACCUCCUACAUGAACGGAGAGGUUCCCGCCAAAUCCCUGUGGUCUUUCAACAACCUGCUGCGGAUCAAGAUCCUGUGUGCCACCUACGUCAAUGUCAACAUACGGGACAUUGACAAGAUCUACGUGAGAACGGGGAUCUACCACGGAGGUGAGCCACUCUGUGACAAUGUCAACACUCAGAGAGUACCCUGCUCCAAUCCGCGGUAUGAUGUUGGUGACUGUGGGGGAAUUCAUAAUGGUAGUGCCAUUGAACGUCAAGGGCAAGAGUAA